AAAGUAUGUUGAUCUUGUUUUAUUACCUUUGACAUCCGUUCACCAUUCAUCAGCCACAUUUAACAUUGAAAACAGACGCUCUGAUUUGAGAUUUCAACACCUGCAAACGCCAUUUGCAGGACGUUUAGAUCAGAUCUCUCUUCAAUCGUCGUCCUCUUCCCGGUUUCUGCAUUCUAUCUGCGUAUUCCUGCUCAUUUCUUCAAUUAUUUAUCAGGAAAACUUUAACACGUGAGGGUUGAAUCUAUUGAGACUGGAAGUCAAGAAGUAGGUGGUUGUCAUAGAGAGCCAUUUUUCUCUAGACGGUGUGUCAAAAAGGUACUAUCCUAGUGGAUAAUCUAUUAAUUUAUGCAGAUUCAAGUGCGAAACACACUGGUUUCAUACUGCCUUCACUUCAACUGGAUCAGCUAACAUAAAUUGGCAUCUUGAGGAGGAGAUAAACUGAUAAAGUGUCAUCAGACAAUUAUGCAGUCUAAUGGCAGGGAGACCGAGGCCAACUUUCCUAUUCACGUUGAUGGAAAUGAAAGUGAGAAAUGCGAACCUUUAAGUAUUGAGAACAAACCUGGGAGGAAUAUUGAUGGCGAUGACUGUGAACCCCUUCACAGUGAUGAUUAUAAUUCUCUGCAGCUGGAUGCAAAGAAUCCACUAUCCACUGCCAAUGUCCUAAAGACAUUAUUCUUUAUUCUUGUCUGGUAUAUUUUCAGCCUUCUUUUGACCUUAUAUAAUAAAACUUUAUUAGGAGAUCAUUUGGGUAGGUUCCCGGCUCCACUACUCAUGAAUACUGUUCAUUUUACUAUGCAAGCUGUUCUAUCAAAUUUGAUCACAUGGAUUUGGUCUAGUCGAUUCCAACCUUGCGUUACUAUGACAUGGAAAGAUUACCUCACGAAAGUUGUCCCAACGGCUCUUGGAACAGCCUUGGAUAUUAAUCUAAGCAAUGCAUCCCUUGUCUCGAUAUCAGUCACAUUUGCUACCAUGUGUAAAUCCGGUUCUCCUAUAUUUCUUCUCCUGUUUGCUUUUGCUUUCAGGUUGGAAGCUCCCAGCUUUAAACUUUCUGGCAUCAUCUUGAUUAUAUCUGUUGGAAUUUUAUUAACAGUUGCAAAGGAGACAGAAUUUGAAUUAUGGGGUUUCAUUUUUGUUAUGCUUGCUUCUGUUAUGUCUGGCUUCAGGUGGUCCAUGACGCAAAUUCUUCUUCAGCGAGAAGCAUAUGGUUUGAAAAAUCCUUUUACCCUAAUGAGCUAUGUGACACCAGUGAUGGCCAUUGUGACUUUGAUGCUAUCCCUUGGUUUAGAUCCGUGGAAAGAAUUUGCCAGUAAUGGAUAUUUCAAUAGUAUCUGGCAUGUUACUCGGAGUUCCUUGCUGAUGCUUUUUGGCGGAGCACUUGCCUUCUGUAUGGUAUUAACAGAAUAUAUCCUUGUCUCCGUAACUAGUGCUGUCACAGUUACAGUCGCUGGUGUUGUAAAGGAGGCUGUAACUAUACUGGUUGCAGUAUUUUACUUCCACGAUAAAUUUACCUGGCUAAAAGGGAUUGGUCUCAUCAUAAUUAUGAUUGGCGUCAGUCUGUUCAAUUGGUACAAAUACCUAAAGCUACAGCAGAAAUCUAGUGAAGAUAAAGUGGUAAGCGCACAGUCAACAACUGUUCCUGGCAAAUAUGUAAUUCUUGAGGAAAUGGAUGAGGAUGAUGGCCAGCGUUGAUUGCAAAAUUACAUUGUCCGAAUCCUAGUCAAUUACAAUAUUCUCUGAGUUGAUCCCAUUUUAGGAGUGAAUGGCAACAUGUGCAUGCCUCCUGUGUAUAAACACAUCCUUGUCAGAUAAGGGUGGAUAAAAAAAUUUCAUAGAGAGUAUCGUUUGUAUAUUAAAUCGUUGAAUUCUAAAUUUAGAGAACUAGAUAGAACUUUAGAGUUUUAAAUUUUCUAUAUAUAUUUCGUUCGGAAUACAAGACAUCUAAGAAGGGGCUCCACCCCUGUUUAGUAUAGUAUGAAUCUUCUCCAUUACUACUUGGUAAAGAGGUCUUUCAUCUGAUGCAUUAAUGACCUGAUUUGAUCACUAAUUACCUGCUCAAUUUGAAACUCAUGCACCAAUCCGGUUCAUACAAAAUAAUAAAUGGCAUUGUUCGAUUACUGUUGAAAGCAGUUAUUUUAAUAUAUAUAUUUUUAAGUAUCUAUAAGCAUUUGGCUGCCGUUUGGACCCAGAAGCCUGUUCUAUUGUCAUGGGAUUGUACAAAUAUUAUGGUGCACGAAG